UCCUCCUAUAAACCGAACAAGGCCUCUCAGGAAAAGAACUUCUCUAUCGUGGGCCUGGGCUUCCAUUGCCGGCCCAUUUCGCACCUGACGCUUUUUUCACCAAGAACACAACGAAACAAAGCCACUCCUGACGUCAGCGUUGACUCGGUCAAACCCAUCGAUCCCCCCCAGAUUCCAAUGGCGCUGCUGCUGCCGGACGACGCCGUCGCCGACGUCCUCCGCCGCCUCCCGCCGCGGGGCCUCGCCGCGGCGCGGUGCGUCUGCAAGCCGUGGCGCGACCUCGUCGACGUCCGCGCGCUGCUGCGCCCGCGCCUCCUGCCGCGCUCGGCGCACGGCGUCCUCAUCAACUACAUCGACCACGGCCGCCCGCACCUCUUCUCCCGCCCUUCCUCCUCCUCGCCGUCGUCGGCGGCGGCGAUCGGCGGCGAGAUCAUCGACGGGAACCUCACGUUCUUGCCCAACGACGGGGACAGGGACUGGUGGUGCGUCCUGGACCACUGCGACGGCCUCCUCCUCUGCGGGAUCGAGUGGGGGAGCCAGCUCUGCGCCUGCAACCCGGCGACGCGGCGGUGGGCGACGCUGCCCGCCGCGCGCCAGGGGCCCUCGCGCUACGCCGCCGCGUACCUGGCGUUCGAUCCGGCCGCCUCCCCCGACUACGAGGUCCUCCUGAUCCCCAAUCUGCCGGAGAAACCCUCGCCGCCGGUACCCAAUCAGCCGCGGCGGCGGCGGCGGCGGCGGCAGGAUGAGCUCGCCGGCCCAUUCUGCCUCCACAUGCUGUUCUCGCCGCUGGACGCCGCUGAUGAAUCGGAUCUGGACGGCGAUGUCGAUGUCGCUGUCGAUGUCGAUGUCGAUGUCGAUGACGAUGAGGUAGCAACACCAGCAGCAUCAUCUGUGGAUGAUGAUCAGUAUAAGUUGAUGGAAUGGCCGCCAUCGCCGUACUUGCUGGAGGUGUUCUCGUCGAGGUCCGGGCGAUGGGAGGAGAGGGCGUUCGUCAGGGAAGGGGAGAAGGUGACCACCGUGGAAGACAUGAUGCCAUUGGGAUACCCUUACCGGGGCCCGCGCCGAGGGUACAGCGUGUAUCACCAUGGAUCAUUGUAUGCACAUUGUCGAGGCGCUUUUGUUACAAGGUAUUCACUGGCAAAUGGCAAGUACCAAGUAAUUGAAACACCAAUAAACAUGGCGAACUACAAAUGGGAAAAACCAUAUCUAGGGAAGUCAGAGAUGGGUGUGCUCUUCGGAAUGAUUCAUGGCGGCCAGCUAUCCGUUUGGAUCCUCCAAGAAUCAGCAGGACAGAUGGGGUGGAUCUUAACUUAUCAACAUGACCUUAGGCCCUUUGCCAAAGAAGUAAGCUCUCUCAGAUACAAUGGUAACCUGACUACUGGUUCUUGGACUGUAGAAGAAAAUAGUACUGGUAUGCAUGGAAACAGAGAUACUCUGUCUGCAGAGGAUUUCGAGUGGGACUCUGACAAUGAUGAUUUCCUCGCGGUUGAAGUUAGAAACGAGGAAUAUGAUGAUGACUGUGAACACUUUGACAUUCUUGGAUUUCAUCCUUACAAGGAAGUUGUUUUCUUGGAUCAGUCAUUCAAAACAAUCGCCUUUCAUUUCAAUAGCUCAAAGAUUCAAUACCUGGGUUACUCGCGCCCAAAGUGCUACUACCGGAACUACACAAAUGGUAUAUAUGAGUCGUUCGUGUACACUCCCUGCAUGAUUGGAGAGCUUCAUGGAGUUAUUGGGCAGAGCUCAUCUUGAAGAUUAGCACCGUAUAUGUACAACUCAGGCAGUUGGAAAACAUAUCAGGAUAUAAUAAUGGCAAACACUGGGUUGUUUUUUGGUUUAUUAUUAUUUCCAUAUUUUCCAAUCGUAAGGUCUUGCUUUCUUUCUGCUAAUGGACCUGUGUUAAUGUUCACCUGUCUAUCAGAUCAUGACUUCCUUGUAGAGCUUUA